CAGUUGUAUUUUUUGUUCUUGACGGGGUGGGGGUGGUGCAAAAUCGAGGGCUUUUCCUCUUUCCACUGUCUCCAAAUAUUCUCUCUACGGUUUCCUGCAAUUUUGUGAACGUGGAUCUUUAAGGUCAACUUGUUUCUAUGUGUUGAAUUGAAAUCCUAACCCUUACUGCACUUUCCUGGUAUCUUAUUGCACCUUCAAUUCGGGGUUUAGCUAUAUGGGAGCAUAAACUUUGAGAUUUUUCGUUUUGGAUCUCGAGGUUUAGCUCUAUCGUCGAGGUUAGGAUUUACGAGAGGUGAAAUCUGUGUUAAUUGGAGCGUGUUUGUCGGCGAAUUUUUUUCAGUAAUUGGUGAGAUCAAGGGGUAGGAUUAGGGUUUUAGUCGAUGGCUUCGAAUCCUCCAUUUCACGUGGAAGAUCAGACCGAUGAAGAUUUCUUUGAUAAACUUGUUGAGGAUGAUUUGGUGGAGCCUGUUAAGUCUGGUAAUUAUGAAGGGAAUGAUUCUGAUGAUGCUAAAGCGUUUGCGAAUCUGAGUAUCAGUGAUGUUGAUGCUGCUGCAUUUGAGAAUUCUGAUUUUGGGGAAAGUGGGGUUGAACUCCAAGAGGAAUUAGGUACUGUAAAAUCUGAUGUGGAUUUGGUUGGUGGACAUGAUGAUGACAAGGAGGGAAGUUUGUUGAAGGCUUCUAGUUCAGUUGAGUGUGAUAGUAAGAUUGAUCUCAGUAAUAAAGAGAUUGGGACGGGAUUGGAGGUUACGGCGGUUGCAACUGUUGUGGAGAGCAAUGAGAUUGCUAGUUCAGGGAUUAAGGAGAAGGAUUGGAAUUCUUUUCAUGCUGAUGCAAAUGGAGACAUUGGGUUUGGAUCAUAUUCUGACUUUUUCAGUGAGUUGGGAGAUCAAUCUGCUGAUUUUCCGGUGAUUUCCCACGAUAAUUUAAAUAGUCAGGCGAUUCCUAGUAAUGAAGUUCAAACCGAUGGCUUUAAUACUUCAGUUGAUUACUUGCAGCAUCAAGGGGUUCAAGGUUAUGGUAGUUCUUUUGAAAAUCACACGGACAAACAAGUUGAUGGCUUAAAUACUUCGGUCAAUUAUGUGCAAUAUCCAGAGGGGGGAACUUAUGAUGCAUCUUCAGGCCAACACAAUAAUGGACAAGAUCUGAGUAGUAGUCAGAAUUGGGAGGAUCUUUAUCCUGGAUGGAAGUAUGACCAUACCACUGGGCAAUGGUGUCAAAUAGAUGGCUACGACACAACAGCUACUAGUCAACAAACCGCUGAAGCCAACACACCUGCGGAUUGGGCCUCUGAAGCCAAUACAGCUGUGGAUUGGGCUGCUGCUUCUGAUGGAAAAACCGAGAUCUCUUAUGUGCAGCAAACUGCACAGUCGGUUGCUGGAACUUUGGCAGAAACUGGCACAACUGAAAGUGUAUCUAGCUGGAAUCAGGUUUCACAAGGAAAUAAUGGGUACCCGGAGCAUAUGGUUUUUGAUCCUCAAUAUCCUGGUUGGUAUUAUGACACAAUUGCCCAAGAAUGGCGCUCAUUGGAAACUUACAAUUCAUCCAUACAGUCUUCUGUUCAUGGACUUGAAAAUGGGCAUACUUCUACCAAUACUUUCUCCCUUAACGAUAAUAACAGUUUGAAUAGUGAGUAUACCCAAGCUGGUAAUUAUGGAUCACAGGGUGUCGGUAGUCAAGCUGUAGAUGGUAGCUGGGGUGGUUCAUAUGGUGUUAACCAGCAAGUUAAUCAUUCUUAUGGUUCAAGUAUGUCUGGGUUCAAUGAUCAAGAAAGUACUUCUAGUUCCUUUGGAUCAGUUUCAUUAUACAAAAACAAUGGAAACCAUGCUCAUGGUUUGACUAAUGGAACUUUUGAACCAAAAACUUUUGUCCCUGGUGGGGACAAUUUUCAUCAAUUUAAUUAUUCACAUACAAAUUUUGAUGAAAAAAAACAAUUCUCGAAUGUUUUUGCUGAAAAUCAGAACUCCCAGAGUUACUCCCAGCCAUCAAUCCAGGGUGGAUAUCAAUAUUCGUAUGCCCCUCAUGCUGGAAGAUCAUCCGCUGGACGUCCUUCUCAUGCGCUUGUAACAUUUGGAUUUGGUGGAAAACUCAUCGUAAUGAAAGAUCCAAGUGUUUUGAAUGCAUCAUAUGGAAGCCAGGAUUCUGUACAAGGUUCCAUUUCUGUGCUGAACUUGACGGAAGUUGUCACGGGAAGCAUCAAUUCUUCUACUAUUGGAAAUGCUACUGGUGAUUAUUUUCGUGCUCUAAGCCAGCAAUCUUUCCCAGGUCCAUUGGUUGGUGGUAGUGUUGGAAGUAAGGAGCUGUACAAAUGGUUAGAUGAGAGGAUUGCACGCUGCGAAUCACCUGAUAUGGAUUAUAAGAAAGGUGAAAGGUUGAGACUCCUCCUCUCCUUGCUUAAAAUAGCUUGUCAGCAUUAUGGAAAACUACGUUCUCCUUUUGGUACAGAUACCAUACUGAAAGAAAAUGAUGCUCCCGAGUCGGCAGUUGCAAAGCUUUUUGCAUCUGCCAAAGUUAGUGGCACAAAGUUCACUCAAUAUGGGAUGCCAAGUCAUUGCUUGCAAAAUUUGCCUUCUGAUGAACAAAUGAGGGUAAUGGCUUCGGAAGUACAAAAUCUUCUUGUCUCUGGGAAAAAGAUGGAGGCUUUACAGCAUGCACAAGAAGGACAAUUGUGGGGACCUGCACUUGUUCUUGCUUCACAACUCGGUGAGCAGUUCUACGUUGAGACAGUAAAGCAAAUGGCACUCCGCCAGUUGGUUGCGGGGUCACCUCUACGCACAUUAUGCCUUUUAAUUGCUGGCCAACCAGCUGAAGUAUUCUCUACUGGAACCUCUAUUAGUGGACAACCUGGUGCUUUUAAUUUGCCUCAGCAGUCUGAACAGGUUGCAUGUAAUGGUAUGCUUGAUGAUUGGGAGGAGAAUCUGGCUGUAAUUACUGCAAACAGAACCAAAGGUGACGAGCUUGUAAUUAUUCACCUUGGUGAUUGCUUGUGGAAGGAAAAAAGGGAGAUUACGGCUGCACACAUCUGCUAUUUAGUUGCUGAAGCAAAUUUCGAGUCAUACUCAGACAGUGCAAGACUUUGCUUAAUAGGAGCAGAUCACUGGAAAUGUCCUCGAACUUAUGCUAGUCCAGAAGCUAUUCAGAGGACUGAGUUAUAUGAAUAUUCAAAGCUGCUUGGAAACUCUCAGUUUGUUUUGCAUUCAUUUCAACCAUAUAAGCUUAUAUAUGCGUAUAUGCUUGCUGAAGUGGGAAAGGUUUCAGACUCAUUGAAAUACUGUCAAGCAGUACUGAAAUCCUUGAAAACUGGCCGUGCUCCAGAAGUAGAAACGUGGAAACAGAUGGUAUUAUCUCUUGAGGAGAGAAUUAGGACCCACCAACAGGGUGGAUAUGCUGCAAAUUUAGCUCCUGCAAAAUUAGUUGGCAAAUUGCUUAACUUUUUUGAUAGCACUGCCCAUCGGGUUGUUGGCAGUUUACCACCACCUGGUCCAUCAUCAUCACAAGGAACUGUUCACGGAAAUGAACAACAUUACCAGCAUAUGGCACCAAGAGUACCCACUAGCCAGUCAACAAUGGCCAUGUCAUCUUUAGUUCCAUCUGCUUCAAUGGAACCCAUAAGUGAGUGGACAGCUGACAAUAAUCAAAUGCCCAAGCCUAAUAGAAGUGUUUCAGAGCCAGAUAUUGGUAGAAGCCCAAGACAGGAAACGACAUCGUCUGAUGUACAAGGAAAAGUCCAGGUAUCGGGGGGUGCAUCACGCUUUCCUCGUUUUGGUUUUGGGUCACAACUUCUGCAAAAAACAGUGGGGCUAGUCUUGGGACCUCGCUCUGGUAAACAGGCUAAAUUGGGCGAGAAAAACAAGUUCUAUUAUGACGAAAAGCUGAAGAGAUGGGUAGAGGAAGGUGCUGAAGUUCCAGCUGAAGAAGCCGCUCUGCCACCACCACCUCCGACAACUGCUGCUUUCCAGAAUGGUUCAACUGAAUACAACUUGAAAUCUGCGUUGCAAACAGAAGGUUCGUCUCUGAAUGAGUUCUCGAGCACAAGAACUUCAAGUCCUGAACCUAGUCCAGGGAUGCCACCGAUACCACCUAGCUCAAACCAAUUCUCUGCUCGCAGUCGCUUAGGUGUUCGGUCAAGAUAUGUUGACACCUUCAACCAAAAUGGUGGAAACUCCGCAAACUUGUUUCACUCCCCUUCCGUUCCACCCGUGAAACCUGCUCUUCCUGCCAAUGCAAAGUUUUUUGUUCCAGCUCCUGUACCAUCAUCAAAUGAGCGAAAUAUGGAGGCUAUUGCCGAAAGCAACCUAGAAGAUAGUGCAGCUAAUGAAGAUCCUUCUACAUCUUCAACAAAUGAUUGGUCAUACCAUUCUCCGAAACAUGCACAACCACAAACGAUGACCAUGCAAAGGUUUCCAAGUGCAGGCAACAUCUCAAACCAGGGACAGAUAGAUGGCAGUAACUCUCAUUUUGCGCAUUCUCGUCGAACAGCUUCAUGGAGUGGAAGUUUUAAUGAUUCAUUUAGCCCUCCAAAAAUGGGUGAAAUUAAGCCUUCAGGUGAAGUUUUGGGCAUGCCAACAUCAACAUUUAUGCCUGAUCCAUCUUCAAUGCAAUCGACUAUGAAAAAAAAUAGCAGUUUUGGUGAAGAUCUUCAAGAGGUUGAACUAUGAAGCAUACACUCAAGCUCGUAAAUAUCAAAUUUUGUUUUUGAUCAUCAGAAUAAUUGGGACGUCCCUGCUUCUGCAUUUCUCUAGAAGUAUGGAAUAGUGGAACCACACCAGAUGGAGUUCAUACAGAAACAAAAUUAUAUCUAUCUCCCUGCCCCGUUCCCAUUCUCGUCUCGGUAUUUUUUAAAUUCCCAACUUCUGACCUGGUGAUGUAAGAUUAAAUGUGGUCUGCUUACUUGAUAAUAGGUGUUGUUUUGUUUAAAAUGCCAAGGAAUUGACAUCAGUUACCAUAUCAGGUUUAUGGAACUGGUGUCUUAUGUAGCAAGAAAAAUGGCUUCCUGUUUUUAGGUGAGUAGUACAACCCAUUUGUUCAUUUUAUUGAAACAAGAAACACAAUGCCUUGCGAGGGAAAAAGAUGGCCUCAACAGAUCAAGGACAAAGUAUAGUGUAUGGAAUUGUAAUAUAUAGUUUUGUCCCUUUUGUAUUGGUUUCAGUUUUUAAAUGAUGAUAUAAAUUUCCAGAUCAGCCUUCAAUAUAUAUUUAUGUAUAUGAUGUGAUGAUGGGGCAGGGAUGUAAGGCAUUGCUCGUCAGUGAUUGUUUUAGAAUGUUGUUGAACAGGGCUCAAUGCAAUAAAAAUAA